CACUCCUGUUGUGUGAAAAAAGUGACAUGGCUCAUUCAGAAGUCGUCUCCUCUAAGGCUACAGAGGCACAUUUAUCAGAGUGAGAAAAAGAUUUUCACUCACUGAUGAAAUACAGAUGGCGUCUCCACGGAGCGCACGCCUGUUGUUGUGUGUGCACACAGAAGAGAAGCGCAUGCAUGUUUGCAUAUAAAAAGCAUCUGUUCAAUACAAUUCUGGCCAUUUGAAGCCAAGAGCUGAACGCAGGAAGGAAUACACUAUCUGAACAACAACCACGGGAUUAUGUUGGACUUAACUCCGCUGUGGAAUUCAUCCCACCUGUCCACAGCCAUCAAGGAAACCUGCUCUAUCACACUCCACAGCGUCUCUACCCUCCCUGGGCUCCAUCUUCAGUGAUGGCUGAGUGGAGCUGGGUGGCGUACACAGUACUAGAAGUGAUUAUUGCUGUGGCGUGCUGCCUUGGUAAUGUGCUGGUGGUGUGUGCGGUGUGUGUUGGUAUCCGGGAUUCUCUCCGGGAGCCCACUUUCUGCUUCCUUGUUUCCCUGGCAGUGGCUGACCUCCUAGUGGGUGUGGCCGCUGUGCCCCUGGCUGUACUGUUGGAUGGCUGGGUGAGUGUGACCCCUGACCUGUGCCUACUUCUAAGCUGCGUUGUGCUUGUGCUGACUCAGGCCUCUGUGCUGUCACUGCUUGCCAUCGCCGUGGAUCGAUACCUGCGGUUACACACACCACUCAGAUACAAGGCCCUGGCUACACAGAGGCGUACAUGGAUGGCUGUGUCUAUGUGCUGGAUACUCUCAUGUCUGCUGGGGUUCACCCCUCUGUUUGGUUGGCGCAACUACUCCUCUCUACCAUCUGACUCCACCAAUACAUCCUCCUCCUCCUCCUCCAUCUCUCCACCAUGCACCUUCCUCUCAGUGAUCUCCCUCCCCUUCAUGGUCUACUUCAACUUCCUGGGAUGUGUCAUGGCACCCCUGCUGGUCAUGACCCUGCUCUACACUAGAAUCUUCUGGAGCCUGCAGGGUCGUCUCAAGGACAGCUGUCCCCAAGCCAAAGCCUCUCUGCUCAGGGAGAAGAGGCUGGCCCUCUCCCUGGCUCUGGUUCUCAUUUUGUUUGCCGGCUGCUGGAUUCCUCUGCACCUGAUGAACUGUCUGCUGCUGUUUCAGGGUCCUCAGGCUGUCACACAGGGGACACUCUAUACAGGUAUUCUCCUGUCUCACGCCAACUCAGCAGUCAACCCCGUGGUCUACGCUUGUCGCAUUCCAAAGAUCCAACAAGCCUACAGUCAAAUAUGGAGGCGCUUCCUCGUGAGGCUGAACUGUUGCCAUGGGGACGAGCAACUUCGACGAUCAAUAACAGGCAGCCGAGCCAAUCGCACAGAGACGUGUGGAUCGGGAGGGAAGACCACACCCUUAGAAAAGACCAGAGGGUCAUUUUCAGUCCAGUAUGUUUGA